AUGUACAAUGCCGGCUAUGGCUUUGGCAAUCCGGCCUUCAACCAACCCGGAACGCCGCAGCAACAGCAGCAGCCGCAGCAGCCGCCACCACCACAACAGCAGCCAGGGCAGCCGAAUCCUCAGAUGAUGUACAACCAACAGCAGCAGUUUGCGGGCAUGGGGCCUCAGGGAGGUUUCAAUCCCGGAGCGAAUCCCCAGAUGAUGCAGGGCAUGCCGGCUGGUAUGAUGCAAAACCCUGGGAUGGCCAACAUGUCUCCCAAUGGGCAGAUGCCCGGAUACGGCCAACAGUUCCCCGGAGGCGGUUACGGUCAGAUGAUGCCCGGCGGCGGCGGCGGCAUGCCUCAAAAUUUCGCGCCGAAUAAUUAUAUGAUGCCCGGUGGCAUGCAGGGAUAUCCGAUGAACCAACCCGGCAUGACCCCCCAGCAGAUACAAUUGAUGCAGAGGAUGCAGGCACAGCAGGCAGCUCAACAGGCAGCUCAGCAGCAGCAACACCAACAGCAGCAUCAACAACACCCGCAACAGCAGCAACAUAUGCCGCCGCAACAGCAACAGCAACAGCACCCUCAGCAACCCCAGCAACAAAUACAACCGCAACCGCAACCGCAACAACCUCCACAGCCACAGCAACAUCAACCUCACCAAUCCCAGAUGAAUGCUGCGAUGCCCCAGGUCUCAACACCUCAGAGACCGCCGAGCGUUGUCCAAGGAGGCACCCCUACGAACCCGAUGCAGCAGCAGCAGCAGCAGCAGCAGCAGCAGCAGCAGCAACAGCAACAGCAGCAUCAGCAUCAGCAUCAGCAUCAGCAUCAGCAACAACCACAGUUCUCGACACCGCAACCUCAAUCCCAGAACCACCAAACUCCACAAAACGCGCAGCCGCAAUCCGCCAGUGGAACACCUCAAACGCCCACGUUCUCGGUCAACCACGGCGGUGGUAUGAGCCUUCCUGCAUCGGGCACCCCAAUGAGCCCAGCUACCGAGUCCAGGGAGAAGGAGCGGUUCGCACUGCUAUUGGACAUCAACCAUGAAUUGCUUUACGAAUCAAUACAGAUUCAAACCACGCAAUCAGAGCUUAAAAAGGAGAACCCCUCUCCAAAUGGCAACCCAGCAGAAAGGAAGCCCACCGAAGAGGAAAACCUGUUCCAGCAGGAUUACCUUCAGUGUAUGAGGCGACUACAGGCAAAUCUGUCUUACAUGGCCGCCUUGGCAGACCGAAAACCGGAGGUCAAGGUGCCUCCCUGCCCGGCCUAUCUCAGCGCACCUCCCCUCAAUCUUUCGCUCAAGCUAAGGGCUGCGCCAAUUGGAGCAGAAGGACAAGAUGCGAACAUGGACCCCGUUGCAGACAGGGCUGAGAGAGACAAAUCUAUCAAGGAUCUCUAUCAUCGACUCCAAGCCGUUUUCCCAGGAUUCGACCCGAAGAAGGAGCCCGUUUUCCGUCCCGGUGCUGGACAAAAAGCUGGUGGUCAAGGGCAAAACCAAGCCAGUCCCACCGUUGCGCAAAAUCCUCAAAUGCCAAAUAUAACCGCACCGCCCGGCCACCCUGGCAUGAUGGGUUAA